ACACUGCUGCCCCUCCAAGACACUGAAGUCCUCAUUGGCUCAGCUCCGGCCACCGCGUUUUCCUGAGGGUUCCACUACACCGGAAACACCCUAACUGCUGAGGUAGCUUCGCCCAGAGUGCCUGGGCUUACAGACCUGAAGUUAAGAGGCGCAGGUCAGGUCGGCGCGGAGUUCAUGGCGGGCUACAACGCAUCCUCGACAGACUUCACCUUCCUGGGGCUGUUCGGCAGGAAGGAGACCUCGGGCCUUCUUUUCGCCGUCAUCUCCGCCAUCUUCUUCGCGGCGCUGACGGCCAACGGGGUCAUGAUCUUCCUGAUCCGCGCGGACCGGCGGCUGCACACGCCCAUGUACUUCCUGCUCAGCCACCUGUCGGCCAUCGACAUGCUGUACAUCUCCACCGUCGUGCCCAAGGUGCUGCUGGGCUACCUGCUGGGCCAGAGGACCAUCUCCUUCGCGGGCUGCACGGCCCAGCACUUCCUGUACCUGACCCUGGUGGGCGCCGAGUUCUUCCUGCUGGGGCUCAUGGCCUACGACCGCUACGUGGCCAUCUGCCAGCCGCUGCGCUACCCGGUGCUCAUGAGCCGCCGCGUGUGCUGGGCCAUCGUCGCCGGCUCGUGGUGCGGGGGCUCGCUGGACGGCUUCCUGCUCACCCCGAUCACCAUGAGCUUCCCGUUCUGCGGCUCGCGCGAGAUCGACCACUUCAUCUGCGAGGCCUGCGCGGACACGGCGCUCUACUCCACGGUGAUGUACGCCUGCUGCGUGCUCAUGCUGCUGCUGCCCUGCUCCGUGGUGCUGGCGUCCUACGCGCGCAUCCUGGCCACCGUGCACCGCAUGAGCUCGGCCGACGGCAGGAGGAAGGCCUUCGCCACCUGCUCCUCGCACCUGACCGUGGUGACCCUGUUCUACGGCGCCGCCAUGUACACCUACCUGCUGCCGCAGUCCUUCCACACGCCGGCCCGCGACCAGGUGCUGUCCGCCUUCUACACCAUCCUCACGCCCAUGCUGAACCCGCUCAUCUACAGCCUGAGGAACAAGGACGUGGCUGGGGCCCUGAGGAGGGCCCUGGGCAGGUGCAUGGGCUCCCGGAGGGUGUCCGGAGACGCCUUCUGACCGUGGGCUUCCUC